CAAAAGGCCUACACCACCGCCGCCGCCUUCCCCGUCCGUCCUCUCAAGGUGGUGGCUGCUCCCUCAGCCCGAUUUGGGCUCUUCUCCGUAGCCGCUUUCUCUCAGGGAAUCUUACGUGCACAGAUCAGUGCACAGCUGCUGCUCUGGUAGGCCACAGCGGCGAUUACACCGCACGAUGCCCACCUUCCUCAGCCUGGCGCUGCAGCUGGGGUUCGCGGCCGAGGGCUGCGCAGAGCCCGAAGGCGCUUCUGCCCGAACCCUCGGCGGAGCGCGGGCAGCCGCGAGCGCCGACCCGUCCCAGUGGCUGCCGCAGCUGUGCCUGAGCGAGGGCGUCCCCGCGAUGCUGCUCCCGCUGGCGCCGACCUGCGCAACGCUCCGCCGCCUGCUGGCGCGCGGGUGCGCGCCCGCACCGAUCGCGAAGCCCCUGGGCGAGGCCUGCAGGUUCCUGGCCGCGGCCGGCCGCCCAGAGCGGCAGAUGGAGCUCGCGCUGGCGGUGCACUCUGGCGGCGCGGAGGCGCAGCCCUUCGAGAGCUUCUGCGCGGGGGCCCGAGCGGUCCUGGCCGCCCUGUGCGAGGGCAAGAGCCCGCGCCUCGCGGCUGCGCCCCCUGUUCAGGCGGCCCUGGCGCAGCUGCAGCAGGGCAUCGACGACCUCGUGGGCCUGAGCCGCGAGGUCUGGGAGCUCCACGCCUACUUUGUCUUCCUGGACGUCAAGGGCGACUGCGCCCUCCUGGAGACGGUGGCGGCGCAGCUCUGCAGGGCCCUCGGGUGCUCCGCGGAGGGCUUGGUCGCGUGUGCCGAGCGGACGGAGCGCUGGGUGGAGGAGGCCCUCGUGAUGCUUGCGGAACAGGGGGGCAGCGAGGCGCUCGAGAAGCGUCACGCGGAGGCGCUGUCGCAGUGGCGAUCGGCUUGGGUGGAGCCCAUGCGGCAGUCGCCAGAGCUGCAGCGCAGGCUCGCGCUCAGAGACAAGGAUGGGGAGCCCGGCGAGUGGUUCUGGGCGAGGCACUUCCAGCAGCUGGGCUCGGUCCCGUGGGCAGACUUUAUCAUCGGAUUCCAAGAUUUUUUCCUGCGUGGCCGCUGUCCUGUGGACAUUGCCGACCAGCUUCGCGCUGAGCUGGACCCACAGUCCUCACACAUAAUUCGGUGCUCGGACUGGAAGACCCUCGCAGGAAAGCACGACGCCGUCACCAGCCUGAUAGAUUCACUCUUGGAGAGGGUGCUGGAGGACGUCGCCAGGCGCAUCUACCGCAGUCGACCUCUGGACUGUGGGCUUCUCUUGGGGGCGGCCGCGUUCCAUGCCAGAGCAACGCCGGAGGCCAGCCCAGCGGCGGCGCCUCCGUCCGACCUCCCGCGCCGCCCGCCCUGGCGGCCGCUGCCCCCUUGUGCAGGCGAUCUUCUGGCGGGGGCCGGCCCGGCGGGGCCCGUCGAGGACGACCGCGCGGGGCUGGCCAACGGCGGCGCGCUCGAGCGCGUGCUGGAGGGUGCGGAGCCCCGCCUGCAGAUCUCGAGUGCCAUCCCCACGCCCCCGGACCACAGCCGCGGCGGUGGGCCGCCGCAGGAGAGCGGGCACAUCGCUUGGGACCGCUUCUGCGCGGAGCUCUGUGGAGAGCGCCCCUGCUGGUGGAACCUCGGCCGCAGGCCGAGCGCCCGGCAGCGGGGCCUGCAGGCCAGGGCACUGGCCACGGUGAGCAGCAGCCUGGCGUGCACGCGCCAGGCGCUCGUGCUGCGGGUGGUGGCCGGCAGCCUCGCGGGCAGCAGGCCGGUGCUGCAGAUGCGGGGGGCGCGGGGGGCGGGCCCGGCCGGCGGGGAGGCCCCGGGGGCCGAGGAGGCCUCGCAGCUCCCCGCAGUGGUCAUCAGCGCGAACGGCACGCAUGUAAGCGGCGUGGCGCAGUUCGGGAGGGACGCGGCGAAGAAGACGGCGCAGAGCCCAGACCUGCCGAUGGCCGAGCCGAUCGCCUCGCGCUCUCAUUUCAGCGUCGUCUACGAGCCCGCCGUGGACCGCUACUUCCUGAUGGACGCGGGCUCGAAGUGGGGCACCUUCGUGAAGGUCACCGAACCCCACAGCGUGAGCUGCGGCGAUUGGUUCCACGUCGGGAAGGCCGAGUUCGUGGUCCGCCACUGCGGCGGCGGCUGUCCUCGCCACCAGCGUGGCGCCCGCUGCGGGCGAGGGCCGCUGGCCGAGCGCCAGCCCCAGGGCGCGCGCGCGGGCGCACCCGACGCGCACCUCGAGGAGACUGGGGGCGCGGCGCCCGAGGCGGAGCGCGGCGCCCCCUGGGCGCGGCACAGCGCAGGGAGGCCAGGCUGCUCCGCGCCCUGGCACCCAGCGCCCGCGACGGCGUUGCCCGUCCCGCCUCUCGAGAUCGACUUCGUCGCCGGGCCGCGGAUGGGCGAGAAGCUGGUCCUCACGGACCGGGUGAGCACCCUGGGGCGCAGUGACGCGGCCACGGUCCAGGUCUCCGACGCGGCGCUGGCCAGCGUCUCGAGGGUCCACUGCGUCCUCGAGUACCGCGGCAGCCGCUGGCGCCUGCGCGACAGCGGCUCCACCAACGGCACGUGGCGGCGGCUCUCAUGCGUGCUGCAGCCGUCCGUGCCGGUGCCCCUCCGCCCAGGCACGUCGGUGCUGGCCGGGACGCACGAGUUCAUCGUCGAGGAGGCGGAGCUGACCCACUGGUGGCUGCCCUCGACCGCGUGCGGCGUGCUCGACGGGAUGCAGCAGCACGAGCGGCAUGCAGCUGUGCUCGGGUGAGGUCGCGCAGCGCGGCCCCAGAGCUGCACGAGCGGCAGGCCACCCCGCCCAGGUGGGGCCGCAAGCUCCUCUCGCCGAUGCGGUCGGAGUCCUUUCCGACGCACUCGUGCGUUGCCGCUGUCCCUCCUCCUUGCUCCCUCCUCGGCCUCCUUCACCAGUGACUCAGUGCAGCCUGAAUGUAGAUACUCUUGGAUCGCUCAGCUUUAGUCAAGAGGCUUACGCAACUGCGCCGACCCCCGAAGGAAGGGGCCGGGAGAAGGAAG